AUGAGAAAUUUGAAAAGUGGGUCGGUCAAUUGAACGCAAGAACAGAUGGGGAGCUGCGCGGUGGUGGAGCUGCAGAGAAACGCGCCCAAAUGGAGCAAAGUGAUCGACGAGAUAGUGAGGAUGGAGAAGAAGAUAUUCCCAAAGCACGAAUCCCUCGCUAGAUCGUUCGACGAAGAGCUGAAGAGGAGGAACAGCGGGUUGCUUUACUCGGACGUCGACGGAGAUGUCGCCGGCUAUGUCAUGUAUUCGUGGCCUUCUUCACUCUGUGCUUCCAUUACCAAAUUGGCAGUGAAGGAGGGCUAUCGGAGGCAAGGCCAUGGAGAGGCUCUGCUGGAUGAAGCAAUUAAGAAGUGCAGAACUAGGAGUGUCCAACGCAUAUCACUCCACGUCGAUCCCUCCAGAACUCCGGCCAUGACGCUCUACAAGAAACUGGGUUUUCGAAUCGACGACCUGAUAGCAGGUUACUACUCUCCGGAUCGGAGUGCUUAUAGAAUGUACUUGGAUUUUGAUGAGUAAUUGGCAGCAUGGAGCUUGAAACAUAUGAAUUCAUCUCCUCUAAAAAAUGAGAGUAGCAGUUUUGUAUAUUUGUUUCUGCCUGAGCCAAUGUGCGAGAAUAUCUUUUUAUUCCCCGUCAAAUUGAUGAAGCAUCUGAUCUAUA